UACGUAUUUCUAAAUACUUAAUCGUUUAAAUUAUUUUAAUUUAUAUUUACUGAUUACUCGAACAAACCCUAAGUACUGACUACGAGAUUUAAAUAAUUUGGUUUGCAUUCUUAGUUAUUAUCAUUCUAAAAUAUCGUUAUUAUUUUAACUUUGUGCAAAAUUCAUUGCCUCACGGUCAUCAGUCGCACACAUCCUAGUGAAGUCGCGGUUUUUAGUAACUUAUUUGUCACAACUCACAAGUCACAUUGAUCAGAGAAUUCUAAUUUCCUCAAUUUGUAUUCGGUACUAUACGAAAUUAUUACAGGUAUUGGGAGAUAUUAACUAGUCAUGGCCUGUCUAGAAAUGCAGCCAGAAAACCCGGAAUCGGAAAGAGAAGAAGGAGAAAUAGUGGAUGAUAGUGUUGAUCAAUUAUCAGAUAUUUCCUCAGAAGAAGAAUAUUUAAUGCUUCAACGACUCACUAUGUUAGAGAAUUAUAAUGAUGUUCUGGAGCGAAAGAAAGCUAAAACAUCCUCUAUUAGAACUGGUUGUCCUGGCACCACAAGCAUCAACCGUUCACGAGUUGACACAUGGAGUCCUGUGCACAUAUUUGAGGGAAGGAGAUGCCCGGCACACAACACCGCAGCAAGUAAUUCCACAUAUAUAAGUCCAAGAUUGCCUCCAAUGAAGAAAGGUUCUACAAAGCCACAAAUAGUGAAUAACCCAAAAAAUGAAAAAUUUAAAAGUGGUAAUAUAAGAAAAAAAGAACAAAGUUCUAAGUUUGUAAAUCGUCCUAGAAAUACUAGACGUAAACAGGUCAGAGGUAAGAAACCCGACGUAAAAAUUGUAAGUGAAUCAAGUGAAGAUUCUGCUGAUGAUGAAUAUAAAAAUAAAAGGCGACGACUAGCUGAUGCAGUGACAUUUAAGAAAAGUAAUAAAUCUGAUGCAUGUCUGAAGGAUCGAAUAGCAAAGAUGCUCCGUAGUUCUAAGUUUAAUCAGAAAGAGUCAUAUAUAAUACGAAACUCAUUAGUUAUUGUGGGUUGUACACCAGAGAAAGAAAUUAGUCACGACAAUAAGACUGAUGGUUUAUGUAAUAGUAAAACUGAAGAUAUAAAUGUCAAUUUUGGGAAUACCACACAAGUUGUCAGCCAAAAUCAGCCAGAUAUAUCAAUUGAUAAUAAUGCGAGAAUAAGUACCUCUUUAGGGUCAUGUGAUACUGUUGACUCAAUUGAUAAUGAAACAAAAAAUGCAAUCCACAUUGUCAGUAGUUCUGAUGAAGAUUUAGAGUCAUUAAGACAGCAUGCUCUUAAAACAAAAUCUGACAAACAAAAUAUGCCUACAAGUAAUGAACCAUCUGUUAUUGACAAUAAGGUAGGAUCAGAUGAUGAGGACAGUGAUACAGCUGAGCUGAGAUUGAUUUGCCUAAGGUCGUCUCUACUAAAGAGAGCCAUGGAGCUGAAAAAGAAACAAAAAUUACAAAAGAGACUAUCACAAAGUUCCAUUGUACAAGAUGAAGAUAAGUACAAAGAGUUGGAUGCCGACAAUAAUAAUGAUAGUCAUACUGAUGUUGAGAAUGUUGAUAUGGAUAUUGGUUCUGAUAUGGAUGAGAAGCCUCAGUUAUGUGUUAAUGACCAUAAUUGUAAUCCGAACGACACUAAUAUCCCUGAAUACAAAGAAAACAAACAAGAUGAAAUAGAAGAGGAUGAAGAUUUACUACGCGCUAGGCUAUUAACAUCAUUAAGUAAAAACCUUCCAAACCUUAUUGAUUUUAAUCCUCUACAAAAUGUAGUUGAUCAUGACAUUGAUAACUCUAAAAUAGAACCAAAAAAAUCAAUAAAACUACCAGAAGAAAAGAAAUUUAUCAUUCAGCUGGGUAAUUCAGAUUCAGAAACAGAGAAUGAAGCAACAAGGAAUUUGACCAAAAUGCAUAUGAAAUUAGCGGAACAAACGGAGUUUCAGCAAAAGCUUGAUUUAUUCUUAAAAUCAACCCGAAUGCAAGUAGAAAAGAACACAGUUCCAGAUACAGGGCAACUGCAAACUCUGACAAAACCGAUUCAAAAAUUUGUGCCAAAGAAAAUGCAACAUUUACCAACAUCAGAACAGAUGGAAUACAACAGGUUGGUUAAAAGAAUGGCAGAACUCGAAAAAAUAAAACAAGCGAGGUUGCUCAGUAAGAAAGUUCCAGAUAAGGAUACCCUUAAACCACGAAAUGUGUCGAUUAGCUCAACAGAAAUGAUAAAUAAUAAAUUGGAAGGAAAAAUUGCAUCAUCAAGGAAAAUGAUUGCUGAAGAAUCAGCAAAAAUGUUAAAAUUGAAAGAAGAAGCUAAAAAGUUAUCUCAACGCUACAAAAUUGUUUCUACUGAACUAAAAAAUAUUACUACUGCUAUCACUUUGAACAAAAAACAACAGAGAUUUGUACAGAAUAGUUUAUCCAAAAUAAGACUUCAACAUCAAAUGCUUCUCAAGAGUUCAUCAAAUUACAAACAUAAUAAUACAACAACCUCAUUAAAUGCAACGGCACUAAGAAAACUGCAAAAAGAAAAUCAUCCAUCAAUUAAGGACCACAAUAACCCAAGUUUAUUAAAAACAGUUAAAGUUAGUUUUGUGAAUAAUUUGAAUACAAAUAUUAUACACACAAAACAAAAUCUAGCAAAUAAUGAGAAAUCUGUUAAUUUAAUAAAGGCAGAUAAUGAGAGGGUUAUAAAUAUUCAAGAGACUGAAAGGAAAAAUGUUAGUAAUAGUGAAAAAAAUUGUACUGAGGUAAUAAAAGAGGAGGGUGAAAAUAAAGAAUGUGACAUAGAAAAAUAUAUAUCACCAUUAGAUGCAAUUCAACGAACUGAUUGGAAGGAAGAUCCCAAUGCUUUCCUGUGCCCAUACGAAGCCGGCGGCAGUUGCAGGGAUUCUGACUGCAGAUUCUUACACUUAAACACACUAACAUAACACAUACUUAAACCACAGCAACACCUAGCCACAGACAACAUAUCACACAAAUAUACAACACUUUAACUGUUGACGACCUCCAUAAAGUGCCAGACCGUGCUGCCUACCAUUUGCUGAGUUGAAGGAGUGUGAUGCGUAAUGUAUACAUAUGUUGUUCCAUUUCAGAAUGUUAUUUAAUGUCAUGUCCCUUUUUCCAUUACUAUUUUUCUUCUUUGUUCGUAAUUAUCAUUUUAUAUCUUAUUUAAAUUUUGAUUUUUUGUUCGUAAUUAUCAUUUUAUAUCUUAUUUAAAUUUUGAUUUUUCUAAUUUUUUGUUCGUAGUCUUUCUUAAAUUUACCUAACAAUUUUAAACUAUCCGCUUAUACUGCCACAAUGUCUUUUUUAUUUGUUAUUAAUACUAUUUCUAGUUGGUGUCCUGAUGAGGCAGCUUUUCUUCCUGAGGGUAAGUUAGUGGUUUUAUAGUGAUUAAGCUAAGGACGUACAUGCUGUAGAUGCAGCCUGGACUGCUGAUGGUAAAAGUGUUGUUUAGGAUUUAAAAAAUAUAAAGAUUUGUAAAAAGCUAAUGAAUAAAAGUAUAUUUGUAAA